CCCCGCCGCCAUCCGCGCCCCGCCCGGCCCCGCUCCUCCCGUCCCGGCCCGUCCCGGCCCCACCAUGGCGGAGCCGCCUCACCGGCCGCGGGAGCUGUUCCUGGCCGGGCUGGCCGCCGCCUACCUCGCCGCCUUCGUCUCGCUCUACCUGCAGCUGCCCGGGCUGUACGGCCAUGACGGGAUCCUGCCGGUGCGGCGGGCGCUGCGGCCGGGCGGGCGGGGGCUGCGGGAGCUGCUGGGGGCCGAGCCCACCCUGCUGUGGCUCAGCCCCCGCGCGGGGCUGGCGGCGGAGCGCGGCGCGGAGCUGCUCUGCCUGCUGGGGGCCGCCGCCGCCAUCGGCGCCCUGCUCAGCGCCGCGCUCAGGGGCUGCCUCCUGCUCGCCGCCAUGCAUCUGGCAUACCUGUCACUGUACCAGGUGGGACAGGUCUUCCUCUACUUCCAGUGGGACAGCCUCCUGCUGGAAGCCGGCUUCCUGGGGGUGCUGGUGGCCCCCCUGCGCCUCUUCAGGUGGCGCUCGGCGGCGUGGCGUCCCCACGACGGGGUCACCUUCUGGCUGGUGCGCUGGCUGCUCUUCCGCCUCAUGUUCGCCUCCGGCGUGGUGAAGCUGACCAGCCGCUGCCCCACCUGGUGGGGGCUCACAGCUCUCACCUACCACUACGAGACGCAGUGCAUCCCCACGCCGGCCGCCUGGUUCGCCCACCAGCUGCCCGUGUGGUUCCAGAAGCUCAGCGUGGUGGCCACCUACGUGAUCGAGAUCGCCGUCCCGCCGCUCUUCUUCGCCCCCAUCCGCCGCCUCCGCCUCUUCGCCUUCUACUGCCAGGUCCUGCUGCAGGUCCUCAUCAUCCUCACGGGCAACUACAACUUCUUCAACGCGCUCACCAUCGUGCUGGCCUUCUCCCUGCUGGAUGAGGAGCACGUGGCGUCCUGGCUGGGGCGCAGCAAGAAGAAGCACCCCAGCUCCUGGCCCCCCAGCCUCCUCGCCUUCCUCUCCACCCUGCUGGAGCUGGCUGCCUACGCCCUGCUGCUCUACUGGAGCGUGCAGCACUUCGGGCUGGAGAUCGACUGGGAGAAAAAGGUGCUGGAAUCCAAAGUGGCCUUCACCUACCACGAGUUCACGCAGUGGCUGCGGACGGUGACGCUGCCGCUGGUCGGGGUGGGCUUCCUCUCGCUGUCCUGGGAGAUCCUCUGCGCCCUGUACCGGUGCAUCAGUGUCCGUGGCUGCUUCUGGAAGCUGUGGGCUCUGCUGCAGUGGGGCGUCUUCGCCACGGCCGCCGUGGGGGUGUUCGCCGUCAGCUUGGUGCCCUUCACCUACAUCGACUACGAGUCCAACGGCAAGCUGUGGCCCGGCAUCCACCACAUGUUCAACGCCGUGGAGCGCUUCCAGGUGGUGAACUCCUACGGGCUCUUCCGCAGGAUGACGGGCGUCGGGGGGCGGCCCGAGGUGGUGCUGGAGGGCAGCUACGACAAGCAGACCUGGACGGAGAUCGAGUUCAUGUACAAGCCGGGCAACGUCAGCACAGCCCCACCACUGGUGGCCCCGCACCAGCCCCGGCUGGACUGGCAGAUGUGGUUCGCGGCCCUGGGGCACCACAGCAGCAGCCCCUGGUUCGCCAGCUUCGUGUAUCGCCUGCUGCAGGGCAAGAAGGACGUGAUCCGCCUGGUGCAGCUGGAUGAGGCCAAGUACCCCUUCAGCGCGCAGCCCCCCACCUACAUCCGCGCCCAGCUCUACAAGUACUGGUUCACCGGCAGCGCCGAGACCGGGGAGGGGGCUACGCGGUGGUGGCGGCGGCAGCACGUCCAGGAGUUCUUCCCCACCGUGUCUCUGGGCGACCCCACGCUGGAGAGCCUCCUCGCGCAGCACGGGCUGAAGGACAAGGCGCCCCCCAAGCGCCCGGCGACCACCUUCCUGCCCUGGCUGCUGGAGUCCAUCCGGCGCCUCAGCCUCCCGCUCUCGGGCCCGGUGGUGCUGUGGUCCCUGUACCUCGGUGCCGCCAGCGCCGCGCUGCUGCGCGCCCUCGGCCGCCGGCCCCGGGGGGGGACACCCCCUGCCCGCCACAAAGGGCCCAAGCGGGGGGACCCGGUGGACCGAGGGGGCGGCGAGAAGAACGGGCAGGUGAGGAGGAAGGAGGAGAGGGAGGAGAGGGGCGAGGGCCGAGCCCGGGGGGCGGCCGAUGGCGAGGGUCCCCGCGGCACCAAGAGGAAGAAGUAGCAGCAGCGCCGGGCGCCACCAGGACCCGUCUUCCAGGCACUGGCUGAUGCCGCUGGCUCCGGGCCCCCCCCUCUGCGCCCCCCGGUCGCCCGACGCUGCCUCUGUCCCCGUGGGGGGGUCCUGGUGGGGCACGGCCCCCCCUGCCAUCACGGCCCCCACCCUGGGGUGAGCGCGCUGCUCUCCCUGCCAGUGCCUUCACAGAGCGGUGCAGGUGGGGGCGGCCUCCCCGUGCCCCCCAGCGGGGGCUGCCCCUCUGUCCCCCCCUCCUCGGCCAUCCCGUGGGGCAGGGGUGGUGCUGGGGGGGCAGCUGCAUCGCGGCCUCAUGUGCCCCCACUGCCCCGUGCCGGGGGGGGGGUCUGACCGCACCGCGCUUCCCCUCGCACAGGGGUUUGCUACGAUUUUCUAAAUAAAGCCUUUGACAUUCCA